AUGGGUAAGCGAGCUUUGAAGUACGGUGGUAAAUCCGGUAUACUUCCGGAAGUGCGUCCGGUUUUCAGGCGGUACCCUAUAAUUCCCCAGCCACCCAGCGAUACCACAAAUCAAGGAUACGCCGAUGGUGUUCCUCUUCCAUCAAAAAAAGGAUUCAAAUUCGAAAGGGAACCGAUUCAAAGACCGGUUAUUACGGUUGAGGAAAGGAUCAAGCAGAACAUCGAUAGUCAAGCACCAAAAGAACCAAUUGACGAGUCGAAAUUAUCCACAGAUGAGCUUUGGAGGUUGAAGCGUAAUGAAAUACGUCGUGAGCAUUUGCGUGAAGCAUACUUGAAAGAAGCUGAGAGACUCAAAAGAAUAGACGAGUUGAAGGCCAAGCGAGAAGAGAAACGUUUGCGUGAAGCAAAGCAACAAACUGUCCAUGAAGAGUCUGAAGCAACUAGGCUCACAUUGCCCACUAUAGAUUCAUAUUUGGAGGGCCCUAUAAUGCGACCAAGAACUGAAGAGGAAGAGGCAUUGAAAGCCGAGCAACGUCUUUUGAACCGCAAAGGUCAGGAAUUGUCACUCAAGGAAAAAAAGGCCACGGAACUUCUCGAGCUCUACCACGCAGCUGCCAAUUUCAUCACCACCGAAGAAGAAUUGGAAAGAGCCAUUGAGGAUGCUUUCGACGUCAAUGUCAGCAAGUUCGAGAGCCACCAGAUGGUUGUGGAAAACAAACUUUCAGGGUAUUCGCAUGCAUUCUCCAGCAUCCAAGCUAAUGAAGCUUUGAUUACAGAUGAAGUUUUGGGAGAGAUUGAUGGACAGCCAGGAUUGCUGACUGUCAAGAGUACUCUUGAUAGCGAAAUCGAAAGAUUGAAGAGACAAGCCAAGAUGGUGAUCAACCAAGGAGGUGAGCCUUGA